AAUUAAAAUAAUUUAAAUUCUAUUUUAUUUUUAGUGAACAUGAAAUUAUUCUCUACAAAAAAUAUUUAAAAUUGGAGUCCUCCACUCAGGCUUGUAAAAUAAAGGACUACCUCAUGGAUAAACUAGAAGACUACAAAAAAUAAAUCCUUGCCAUGUACAUGAAUGUUUGUGGUAUCAUCAUUCCUAACAGCCAAAAGUUGCUCUCCUUUGGUGAAAAGCAGUGUGUGUUCAUCAGUAAACUUGUCGUACACUUGAAGCCAGUUUCAGCAAAUUCUUCAACAAGCCCUCAGGCUCUAGGAUCAAGGAUAGACCUUGACAGGGUCCAAACCAUCAUGGAGUCCAUGGGGUCUAAGUUAUCACCUGGAGCUCAGCAACUGAUGAAUAUGGUUAGAUUGCAGCAGCAGAAUUGUAUUCCCAUUGGAGAGCAGCUUCAGUCAGUUUUGGGAAAUACUGGACACAAGCAUAUGAUUGACCUACAAUCAUCGUCUACUUCAGGAGCCUUCAGCAAGUCAUCGUCCACACCUUUUCCUUUUAGAACUGGAUUGACAUCUGGAAAUGUGCCUGAAAACUUAAAAGCUUACAUUGAUAAAAGUACGCAGCCACUUGGUGGAGGAAAUAUUACAAACCUUGAAGAGCGUAAAAUUGUGCCGCAAAACCAUUCUCUUCUUGAGAAUGAUCUUAAAAAUGCAGUAUCUUCUUUCCUAUCAAAGAAAGCAAGUGACAACUCAAAUAUACCAAAUUCUGAGCUGCUGCCUUUUCUCCAGAAUUUAUGUAGUCAAGUUAAUCAUCUCCGUGUGGGACAUAACACCAAGUGGCCGGAAAACAUCACCAAGCCUGGGGAAGGCGUUGGUGUUGC